GUAUUUUCCUCCCCUCCACCGCCUGCUUUAACGCUGAGAGCCACUCGAAAUAAACAAGCGCAAAAAAAGGGGGGCCGCCGUGGGGACCGCUCUGCCUCCAGAGUCACGUUUAUCACCAGCCGAUGGACGGAGGGGGCUUCCACCUUUAAGUUGCCAUCAGUGAAGCCCAAACCUCCCGUCACCUCCUGGCUCCACUGAGCUCAUAUUGUAAACUUUUCACAGCCUGCGCUGCAUACACUGAGCUGCGACAAAGCGAGGUUUUCCCUCAAAAUUGCCGUGAGAGCUACAAGUGGACCUAUGGGCAUGUCCCGCUGUCCUCCUUCCCCCAUGCCUGGUCUAUAGUCCACCAGAAACGAGCCAUAUUCUCACUCACACCCCAUUCUCAGCCAUUUGACUGACCCUCCCCUCCCUGUGGUCACACCAUGGCCAGCAAGAGGAAGUCAACGACUCCUUGUAUGAUCCCCAGCAAGAUCAUACGCCCAGCGGAGGAGGUUGAACAGGACUCUCCUGUCCUUCUGCGGCAAUCCAGGAUUUCUGGAGGGGGCAGACAUAGCCCCCUCGACCCAGGAGAGUCUUCCAAACCAGAGGCGGGGGACACUGUCAAAGAUGGUGCUGGCACUUACACCUGUAAGCCUUGUAACUUUGAAACCCAUGACCUUAACUUGUUCUUGGAUCACGUGUACUCCGGGCACCCAGACUUCCGUGCGGACCCCAGCUUCUUUUGCAUGAGCUGUGGGGUUUCGGCGCCAAAAUUUGAGGGGCUGGCCCUGCAUAAUGCCAGGGUUCACCCCAGCACAUUGAACACGACUCUGCAGCUGAGGAGGAGGGACAGGAGAGUGGUGGUGGAGCAGAAUCUGGUGACUGGGCCUGAGACAGGGAAGGAUAGUGAGAUUUCUAUCACCAAAACCCCAAUUAUGAGGAUGCUGAAGGGCAAAUCGGAGCCCAAACGGAUAGUGGUGUCUCAUCCAGUCUCUGACGAGCUUUCCUCUGAACCGCUCUCUGUCUCUGCCUCCAGAGAGGCUGAGAGAAAAGAGACUGCUGCAGUGACAGUCACCCAUGUUCCCACAAUUGUCCACAAUGGAACGACUAAGGUCACUCUUCCCUCAGCGAUCCAGAUAGUCAAUGGCUCUGGAGCAUUACCAAUGCUGAAGACCCCCAUCACACAGGUUGUCUCUGUGGUUCAAAGCAGAAGCCUUCAUCAAUCUGCACCAAUCACAGCAUCCUCAAAUAUUUCCUCCACUUCCACGUCAUCUUCUUCCAAAAAUCUCCCCAAGGUGAUGAUUCCUUUGAGCAGCAUCCCUACCUACAGUGCCUCCAUGGACUCCUCCUCCUUCUUGAAGACCUCCUUCAGCAAGUUCCCGUACCCCACAAAGGCUGAGCUCUGCUACCUGACUGUGGUCACAAAGUUCCCAGAAGAGCAGAUCAAGAUCUGGUUCACAGCCCAGAGGCUCAAACAAGGCAUCAGCUGGUCUCCUGAGGAGAUAGAGGAGGCCAGGAGGAAGAUGUUCAACACCAUCAUCCAGACUGCACCCUCUAGCUCGCAGAACCAGACCCAGAGUCAGCGUAGCCCAGCCCAACACACAAUCACAGUCUUGCCAGCCUCACUGGGGGCUACUGGGAUCCCUCACAUCCUGCAGGGCUCUCUUGUCAGCCAGGGAGGGGUAAUCGUCACGCAGCCUGUAAUGGCAAACGGUAUCCAGGUUAGCAGUGCCCCCGUGGCCCUGGCUGUCACACCUAAGCCCCAGGCAGCAGCCCGCCCCAUGAUGCAGGCCCGACCUGCUGCAGCCCUGGUGGCAGACAAGGGCAUCAGCAUGGUGGUGGGGACAGUAGGCAGCAGCAGUACUGGGAGCACCAUUGUUAGCACUAAUAGUAGUAGGAGUGGGGGAGGGGGCACUAGCAGCAUUAUUACUAGCAGUCAACCAAGUGUCAUCAACCUUAGUCUGGGAAGCAGUAAUCAUAGUAAUGCUAAGGUGAGCAGUGUCAAUGGUAAACACAGCACUGCUAAUGCAGACUGCAAUGACAAAAGCAAUAGUGAUGUUACCAGCCACGUAAAUGCUAAGAACACUGAUAUCAGCAAAGCCAACAGCACCAGCACUGUGCAGAGUGACAGCAAAGCAACCACAGCAAGCAAAAACACCACAGAUGGCAAAUCUAACAACAGUAACCGCAAAUCAGGCACCGAUGGACAGAAGAGCAAAGAUACUAACGGCAGCAGCAGCAGCAGCAAAAAUAACACAACCAGCACAAGCACAGAUGAUGUCGACCCCACCGCUGGAGACUCUCCAACCAUCAAAAUGGAGGAGGCGUCUUCCCCUGCCUCAAAGUCUUCUUCCCCCUCUCCCGCAGCCCCUCAAAGCAGCACACCUGGCUCUCGGACACCUGUUAACGCAUUCCUGGACCCGAGCUUUUACAAGGGCAAGAAGUCUCAAGAGCAGCUCAACGCUCUGAAGGACAGUUUUCUGGUCAGCCAGUUUCCCGACCAGGAGGAGGUGGACCGCCUCAUCUCCCUGACUGGGCUCACAGUACGAGAAGUCCGCAAGUGGUUCAGCGACCGGCGAUACCACUUUCGCAACCUCAAAGGUACACGCUCCAGCUCAGGUGGACUGAGUAAGUCUGGCUCUGCAGCGGGAGCAGAGAGGGGUUCAAGUACGCCGGGGAGCGGGGGCAGUUCCAACCCUGUGGAUCUGUCUGAAAGUAGCAGCAGCUCUGGUUCAAAGACGCCCCAGCACAGCUCGGCACCCCUGAGCCCAACUGCCUCACAGACCCCCACCUCUCCCACCACACCGUCCCGCCGACUCCCCAGACCUCCUUCUCCUGAUUUCACCGCUAUCCGCUACAAGGAGAGAGAACCUCAUCAGGUAAAGGCUCUAGAGGCCAGCUUUGCCCAGGAUUCUGAACCGUCAGGAGAGGAAGUGGACAGGCUGCGGUCUGAGACCAAGAUGACCAGAAGGGAGAUCCACGGCUGGUUCGCUGACAGGCGGAAGAGAGUGGCAGCCGAGAAAAAGAAAGAGGAGGCGGAGCGGGCAUUGCGAGAGGAGGUGGAGGAGAUGGAAGUUGAUGGGGAGGAGAGACAGAAAGAGGACGGUUCAGGAGAACUGAAAGUGAACCCUAUUAAAAUAAAUCUGAAGAUGCUGAAGGUGACGGAGGCCAAUGGCAAAGCAGAGGGUGAAGGGUUUGAUAGUCCAUCUUUUCCGCUUCAGUCCAGCAGCACACCGACAUCGUCCCCAGGCCCCAACCCGUCCUCCACCCCCAAGCCAUCCCACUCCUCCACCCCAGCACACAAACGAUCCCACUCCCCCAAACCCUCAGCCAUCCGAGGUAAGAAGACAGCGGAGCAACUGCAGAUGCUCAAACUAAUCUACGCCCGUACCCAGUGGCCUAGCGCCACUCAGUACGAUGAACUUAUCUCAGCCACUGGACUGCCCAGGCCUGAGGUAGUGCGCUGGUUUGGGGACUGCCGUUACAUGCAGAAGAACAGCCAGCUGAAGUGGCUGGAGGAUUACCAGAACAUGGCUCUGGAAGAGGACCUCCAGAAGGGGAACAGACAGAUCCUCCAGGCCCACUUUGACACCCAUGGCAGGCUGGAGAACUCACAGUUGCAGGAACUGGCUCAGGCUAGCGGUUUAACAGGAGACUUGGUCCGGCAUUGGUUCUCCACCAAGGCGUCUUUGGCCCGGGUGGAACAAACUGCUGCUGCUCAUGCGGCGGGACCAAUACCAGUUGCACCAGGUGCAGCAGCUGAGCCUCGAACAACAGGAUCCUCCCCUUUGGAGCCGCAGCCCGGAGGAGGGACGGAGGAGAAAAUGGAGCAAUCGGUGUGUGGUGUCGCAACAGAAGCGGAGGAGGCCAACACCGACAAGACUGUGAAUCCUACUAAAGGGACCGAUUGAAGAGGCCUUUUGUCUGAGGAUGGAGCUCACAACGCAGGUGGUCUUUGUGUCGCCAGUCCGAGGAAAGGACGGCAGAUGCGGUUGUAACAGGAUCACUGGAUGGAAAUGGACCUUGAAACCAUCCUCGCCCAUUCCCUCUCUCUCCUUCUCACUCACACCCCUAGAAGGGAGGCAUGACCUCCCCCGCUACGUGAGAUGGACGCUAAAGCCACUAACCCCCCCUUCCCAACCAUCCACCCACCCACUCCCUGGCCUCCUUCCCCCGUUGUGUCUACCCCUCCGCUGCACACACCUUCUCCAGUAUCCUCCCGUCAGCCAUUUUCCCUUCAGAAGGAAGUUCCAGUAGAGACUGAAGUGCAGGAGUGGAUGUGGCGGAGGGGAGGGGCAGGGCUGACAGCGUUUUUCUGCCGUGUUUGUUCUGCCUGCCUGCUGCGAUGGGAGAAAGGAAGAAAAGGAAGGGGGGUAAGAGAGAAGUGUGGUCAAGGUUGAGACCUCAGCAGAUGUUGAUUAGGCGUGGGGGGUUGGUUUCUGGACAGUUAUCGACCAAACCAACCCUCAGAUGAGGAUCGGCGGAGUGUUGAGGGACUGUUCAUAGUUUGUUUUGGGGUACGAGACACUGCACAGCUCUUUGCGACAGGGUGCUUGCCUAGGCCUUAAAGUAAACAAAAUGACCCUUCUUUCCAUUGUGUCAUCUUCAUCCUCCUUUUUCCACCAACUUGCACUCACACACUUUGACUUCAAGCUUGCAGCUUACUUAAAAUGUGCUAGCUAGGCUGUUCAUAGCGUCUUAUGUGAAACAGCACUGAUGAUCAUGUCUUUAGGUUGUUUUUUUUCGACAUCGCUUUGUACUCACUUUUCAUUGCUUAUCUGUACAUAAUGUUUGGUUACAUUGGAUUUUAAAUUGUUCGGUUCUGUCAUCCAAAGAAGGCAAGCACCCUGUUGUGUUUAAACAAAAAAGCGACACAAUAUAGUAGACUAUAUUGAAUCUGGUUUGUGUUGUAGCAUCAAGUGCUUCUUUACGUCACUGACGUGUACGUACAUUUGUUUUUAUGGAACUUUCCUAAGAAAUAAAUUUGACUGUAAAAGAAGAACUGUGAACUUUUACCAGAGUUCCAUAUGUAGGCUUGAUGUACAAUUUUUACAGACGGUAUUUGCAGAAUAAACAGA